CAGAAAGAAAAUCAGGCAGAGAAUUCUGAUAUGGAGAACAAUUGCCGAUCAGAGACUGCUGGAAAACCCAUAAUAUGCAAAGCUGCAGUAUGCAGAAAAGCAGGAGAGGCACUAGUUAUAGAGGAUAUUGAAGUGGCCCCUCCUAAAGCUUGGGAGGUUCGGAUCAAAAUCCUAUGCACAUCCCUUUGUCACAGUGAUGUUACCAUGUGGAAACUAGAACUUGCACCGAUUGCAUUUUUUCCAAGGAUUUUUGGGCACGAAGCAGUUGGUAUUGUUGAGAGUGUAGGAGAGCAUGUGGAGGAAGUGGAAGAAGGAGAAUUAGUUGUGCCAGUAUUUGAAAGGAACUGUGGAGAAUGCAGAGAUUGCAAGUCUCAUAAAAGCAACAAUUGUUCAAAAUUUCCCACUGAGUUUUAUGGUGGUAUGCCAAGGGAUGGAACCAGCAGGUUCAAGGACUUGAAUGGAGAGGUUGUGCAUCAUUUCUUCUCAGUGUCUAGCUUUUCCCAGUACACAGUGGUGGAUAUCACACAUGUUGCAAAACUAAAUUGUGAGAUUCCUAUUGAUAAAGCCUGCUUGCUUAGUUGUGGGGUGACAACCGGAGUUGGUGCAGCAUGGGAGGUUGCAAAAGUGGAAGAGGGCUCUACUGUGGCCAUCUUUGGACUAGGUGCUAUUGGACUCGCGAGUGUAGGAGAGCAUGUGGAGGAAGUGGAAGAAGGAGAAUUAGUUGUGCCAGUAUUUGAAAGGAACUGUGGAGAAUGCAGAGAUUGCAAGUCUCAUAAAAGCAACAAUUGUUCAAAAUUUCCCACUGAGUUUUAUGGUGGUAUGCCAAGGGAUGGAACCAGCAGGUUCAAGGACUUGAAUGGAGAGGUUGUGCAUCAUUUCUUCUCAGUGUCUAGCUUUUCCCAGUACACAGUGGUGGAUAUCACACAUGUUGCAAAACUAAAUUGUGAGAUUCCUAUUGAUAAAGCCUGCUUGCUUAGUUGUGGGGUGACAACCGGAGUUGGUGCAGCAUGGGAGGUUGCAAAAGUGGAAGAGGGCUCUAGUGUGGCCAUCUUUGGACUAGGUGCUAUUGGACUCGCGGUUGCAGAGGGAGCAAGGCUACGUGGAGCUUCAAAAAUCAUAGGUGUGGAUUUGAAUCCAGAAAAAUUUGAAAUCGGGAAGAAGUUUGGGGUCACUGAUUUUGUUAAUCCGACUUCCUGUGGGGAAAAGUCAGUGAGCCGGGUUAUACAAGAAAUGACAGACGGGGGUGCUGACUAUUGCUUUGAGUGUGUUGGAUUGGCGUCUGUAAUGCAAGAUGCUUUCAAUAGUUCUCGAAAGGGUUGGGGAAAGACUGUGAUACUUGGUAUUGAGAUGCACGGCUCGCCUAUAAGUAUCCAUCCCUACACGAUUACCGAGGGCAGAAGCGUUGAAGGUUCCAGGUUUGGAGGAAUGAAAGCCAAAUCAGACAUUCCAAUGCUAGCCAAAAAAUACCUAGACAGAGAGCUUACUUUGGAUGGUUUUGUAACCCAUGAAGUUGGUUUCCAGGACAUUAACAAAGCUUUUGAUUUACUACUCCAAGGAAAGAGCCUUCGUUGCAUCAUAUGGAUGGAUAGAUAGAACUACUCCAAAGUUUCUUUGUUUCACUUGUCUUCUUUUACUGGAUUAAUAAGAACAGGGAAUGACAAUGGUUCUCAUCCUUCUAUGUAUUUGCAUUUUAUUGUUUUCUCUUUGUUAGGCAUUUUGGUUGGACUUAUUGUCCACCCUCGUGCUUCUUUUUAUAAUUUUUUCAUCGGCUGUAGAAUUUUGUUUCGCAUUUAAAAAAAAAAAACGGUGAUUCUUUACCCGUCAGUAAUAAUGGACUAGAACUUGAC